AUGGAUGAUACUAUGAGCGACGCGCCCGAUACCCAGGGCCCCGAUGAUGAGCAGAUCCAGAGGCAGAAGGAGAUCAACGAGGAAUACAAGAUGUGGAAAAAGAACAGCGUCUUUCUAUACGACAUGCUCUACAGCCGCGCCCUCGAGUGGCCGACAUUGACCGCGCAAUGGUUGCCAGACAAGCGACCAGUGGAGGGCACCAACCUCAGCACCCACCGCGUCAUCCUCGGCACGCAUACCUCUGGACAGGCCCAGAACUACCUCCAGAUCGCCCACGUAGAGGUUCCCGAUAUGCCAACCCCAGACCCCAAGAACUUCGACGAGAAGACUGGUGAGGUCGGCGGUUAUGGCGACGCGAAGAAGCCCUUCGAUUUCAAGAUCGUCCAGAAAAUUAACCAUCCCGGGGAGGUCAACAAGGCCCGCUACCAGCCCCAAAACCCCGAGAUCAUUGCCUCGCUGUGUGUUGACGGCAAGGUCCUCGUCUUCGACCGCACCAAGCACCCCAUCGAACCAAAGAGCGACGGUAGCAUCAAGUUCGAGGCAGAACUCAUUGGCCACGAAAAAGAGGGAUUUGGGCUUUCCUGGAGCCCUCUCAAGGAAGGACACCUCGUCACCGGUAGCGAAGACAUGACUGUCAGAACCUGGGAUAUCAAGAGCGGCUUUUCGAAAGGAAACAAGUCCAUCUCCCCUGUGACCACGUAUACGACGCACACCUCCACCGUGAACGAUGUACAAUACCACCCCAUCCAUGGUUUCCUCAUUGGUAGCGUCUCAGAUGACCGCACCUGGAAAGUCACCGAUACUCGAGUGCCGUCACACAAGGUCGCCCUGUACAGUAAGGAAGAUGCACACGCAGACGCGCUGAACAGCAUCGCCUUCCACCCGGUAUACGAGAGUAUCCUCGCGACCGGUUCGGCGGACAAAACUAUAGGCCUGUGGGACCUGCGUAAUUUCGACAAGAAGUUGCAUAGUCUCCAACAUCAUUCAGGCGAUAUCAUCGAGCUGCAGUGGCACCCCCAAGACCCCGCCAUCUUGGCUAGCUCGAGCUACGACCGUCGAAUCUGCAUGUGGGAUAUCACGAGAGUGGGCGAGGAGCAGACACCGGACGAGGCUGAGGACGGUCCGCCUGAGCUUCUCUUCAUGCACGGCGGCUUCACAGACCGCAUCUCCGGCUUUGACUGGAACAAGAACGAUCCCUGGCUUAUGCUCGGUACCGCCGAAGACAACCAAAUGCAGAUAUUUCGCCCGAGUCGCAAGCUCGUCGAGCCCAUUCCGAAGACUACCAAUCAUGGAGAGGUUUCGGAUUGA